AGCUGUAGUAAACUAUUUACAUUUUGUUGUGGACAUUAGACUUUGCUUAUCUCUCAACAACGUCGAGCAUCCUUCUACAUUUGAGUGAAGUUAUUGGAUUAUCUCCGUCUCUUUGGCAGACUUUUUAGAAAAAAUCCUCCACAGUGAACUUUUAUUAUUUCAAAAUCAUUCCAGCUACAUUACAUCAAGAUGUCAUUGCGCCAGCUUGUGGAUGGUGACUGCGGUGGCGUCAACCCACUCAUGCAACUCGGAGGUCAAUUUAUACGUGAUGCCGCGCGAAAAGAUGAAGGUUUUACAAGUUCUCAAUUUGAGCGCAGCAUGCCACCUGAUGAACAAAUGGUCAACGACUUCCUGAGCCAGGUGGCUGCACCUCCGCAAUCUUUCCAAAUGAACGCACUUCUACAAGAGAUGCGGGAAAUUGAGCAAGGGAAUGCAUCGGGCGUGCAAUCUACACCACGCGUCAUAGACGAGGUAGUUAGCCAAGAGUGGUCAAAAGAAUUUAGCAUGCAACAAGCCUCACCUCCCCCUCUGCAAAUGGUACAUAUUCAGCCACAGCAGCAGCAGCUGGUGCAUGUACGAGAAUUCUUUGACGAAGAAGGACCCAGAACAUCAGCAUCCUCACUGGGGCAAUUGCCGACAGCGCCAUAUAUGCCACUUCAACCGCUCCAGAGGCCAUAUCUAGCCAUUUGUCCGCCCUAUCAGCCAAGCACGGAACAAUUUUUUGAGGAAAUCCAGCCGUUGAGCAAAGAAGAGGGCGAAAUAUUACUCCCACAAGAGCAAUCUAAGGAAUCUAUCGAGGAAUGGAUUAAUGAUUACCAGGACAGAGUGAAAGAAAAUCAACAAUCUUCUAGCAACUACAAUGAAAAGUUCUGGCAACGCCUACAGGAUGAAUGGCAAAAGUUAUCUGAAGAUUCUGAACACCCUUGGCUAUCUGAAUACGGCGAGAAUUAUGACCCAUACAAGGAAUACGAAUUUGCCGAAGAAAAUCCAAUUGCUGAACAGGAGAACGCAUUGGAGAAGGGGAAAGAGUAUAUGCAAAAAGGUGACAUACCCAGCGCAGUACUCUGUUUCGAAGCAGCUGCCAAAAAAGAACCAGAUAACGCCGAAGCAUGGGAGUUGCUGGGCAUUUCACAGGCGGAAAACGAAAUGGAUCCACAAAGCAUAGCUGCGUUGAAACGUUCUCUAGAACUUCGGCCAGAUAAUAACCGUGUACUAAUGGCACUUGCCGUCUGCUACACUAAUGAGAGCUUGCAGAGUCAUGCCCUGCGUAUGUUGGUCAAUUGGAUACAAGUUAAUCCAAAAUACAUGCAUCUCUUGCAGCAGCAUCCAGAAUUACAGACAGAAGGUGCAGUCAUGGCCUCAUCGCUAAUAACGGGCAAUAAACUGGUAGCGGUGCAGAACCUUUAUCUCGACGCUGUGCGCAUGAAUCCUCAUGAAGUUGACACAGAUGUACAGGAAGCUUUGGGCGUGCUCUAUAAUCUCUCCUCCGAGUACGACAAGGCAGUCGAUUGCUUUCGUGCAGCACUACAUGUUAAUCAGCAGAAUGCUAAAGUAUGGAACCGUCUAGGCGCCAGUUUGGCAAAUGGCACGCGUUCGGUAGAAGCUGUAGAAGCAUACCAACAGGCACUACAGCUGGAGCCGGGUUUCAUACGUGUGCGCUACAACGUCGGCGUAUGCUGCAUGAAUCUAAAGGCAUACAAACAAGCAGUUGAACACCUACUCACGGCACUGAAUAUGCAGGCGAACUCUGCAGUUGCGAGAGAUUUGCCAAUCGAUGCGGCGGCUAUUGGUGGCGGUCAAGCACGCAUGUCCGAAUCUAUUUGGAGUACAUUAAAAAUGGUGAUUUCCUUGAUGGGACGCAGCGAGCUACAUGGUGCAGUAAAUGACCGAAAUCUUCAAGUGUUAAAUGAGGCCUUCAUCGAUGCAGCUUAGUUCAAUAAAUUUUGGAUAUUAAAGUAUAAUUCUAAUGGUGUCGGCUU